UAUUAAAUAGAGAUAUGGAAACAGAUUCUGAUCCACGGAAAGUGUUUCUCCUCCAAAUGCUAUAUGGUCAUUAUGGAAAAGACAAAAAUUUACAGCGCAACUUUCUUGCCUCUCAGGAACUGAACAGUUUUCUCGACGAUGGCAACUGCAUGGUGUUCUUUGUGUGGAUGACAGAAACCAGUUAUCAUUUUUCGACAAAGCCUUUAGCAGAGAACAUAACAAUGGAAAAGUGUGUGGCUAUGAGUAAGAUUCGACCCGACGUUAUCGUAGAUGUGAGCAAUAUCCAAGCCAACGUGAUUGUCGUCACAAUUGUAGAGUCUCCCAUGAGUUCCUUUUACCAUGCUCUCCACAAGGUGUAUGCACCUCUUCUAGCCGACAAUGGUUCAAAGGGAGACGAAGUAUCAGUCGCAGAUUCCAGUCUGCUCAGUCUACUGAAAGCCCUAGACUCGAAACUUGCUGAAAAUACUAGAAAUGGAGACGCACAGGCAAAGGUCAAUCUUGGCGACGAUGCCUAUUUUCAAGGAGUUCUGCGAACAACGGAUGAGAUAACUCACUGGAGCGAUAUCGAAAACUCGUCAAUGGCAUCCUUCAAGGCCAAAGACAGAGCAGCCGAGUACUCGAAGCAGUUCGCAAAAGUGGGCCAGUUUUUCCGGGGUAUGGAGAACGAGACUUUAGAAGCGGUGGCCGAUUUCCUGCCGAAGGUCGUCGAAGUACUAGACGCUGUGUGGGGUAUAACUGAUAGAGAGCCUCUGUACCCUGAAGACAGAAUGAAACAUCUGAUUGAAGUAAUCGGCGGAGAUAUCGGCCGCUUCGUGCAGCGACAAGUGUCUAAAGUGGACUGCUGGAGAGGCGACUACCACGAGGUCAAAUCCAAUCUGAGGCUGGGUGUGCAGAUCUGUGACGACUGGAGACGUCUGAUGACUAACAAGUGUAAUCUAUGGAGACAGGACACUCUGCACACCUGGAAAAGUCCCAAGCUGCCUUUCGAGGGAAUCGUCUAUCUGGGCAACAGACUCAAAGAGAUCAUGUCGUGCAGAGUGUUACAUCAGCAACUCAGCUGGCUGCUAGAUGACACAGAGCAGAGUCAGUUCGGCACCUCCUCCCUCUUUGACCCCUUCCGAUCUUUGGAUCCAGUCAUGUACAACCCCUUCACCCAGCCCCAGUGGGAGAGUGCCCUGCAGCAGUUCGGGAAUAAGUUAGUGCCAGUUGAGAGACAUGUGGCGAGGAAGAUGAAGCAACAGCUUUCCAGUUGCGACUCCAAAGGAGAACAGCUUCUGCAAGAGUUCCUCCGCUACCAGGAGCUGAUCAAAAGAGGCACCAUCAAACAAGAAUUGAUACAGGAACGAGAGGCUCUUCUAAGCCAGCUUGGUUCCUUCGCUAAAGGAAUGGGCGAUGAAUUCGAGAACCUCAGACGAGGAAGAUCCAAACCCAAAAUGUCCAUGACAACCCUGCCUAAACUUAUCAAUGAAAUGAACUACGUUCGGAUGCUGCAAAGUAGAAUAGCAAGCAGUCAUCAGGAUGGUGAACCGAUUUUGAGCGACCUUCAAGGUUUCCCAAAGUUUGCCAGUUUCUGCCAAUCUCAGGUUGAAUCAAUGGUAGCUUACAAGCAAGAGAUUUUCGACAAGUGGGUUUCGGAAACCCUAGAUGCGAUAAAUGACCCAAACGCUUCAAUCAGUCUGGCAACUACUGUUAAGAUCAUGGAACUUGACCAUAAAGACGGACAUCUGAAAGUAAAUUUUAGAGAACGUCUGGUCACUCUGAUUCGUGAGGUGCGUAACCUCAGCGCGAUGGGCUUUUCGAUUCCAGCCAAGAUUCAGCAAACUGUCCAACAAGGCCAAAAGUUUUACCAGUACGCUAUGGUUCUGAAACAAGUGGCUAAUUUCUAUAACACAAUUGACGCCCAAAUGAUCAGAUGUCAACAGCCCAUGAUGUUGCAGGCGGCGUUGGACUUCGAGAAUAUCGUUAAGAACCCAAAAGCUAGUAAGUCGUCCCAAAAAGGAGAGAAAAUUGAAGUUACAUGGGAUGAUCCGGAUAAUUUGGAGCAAUACAUUGAGCAGUUGCAAAAAGCAGCGGAGACUUUGUCACUGCAAAAUCGAAGGCUCCGAAAAGCACAUUUUGCUUUGGUUGAUAAAGUUUCUGAACUUUAUGACAUUGACCUGCUUAAAAGAGAGCAACAUUGGCGAGAUACCUUGAAACAAUGUCGGAAGAUCUUCGAAGAAGUUGAAUCGGAGGGAUACAAGGAACUGAAACAAUGGGCGGCUCAUUGGAACCACCAGGUCUACAAGACGUUCGAGCACCAGUAUCAACUUGGACUUGAGAGUAUCAACCAAAACCAGCCUGAAAUCAAGGUAGAAAUUGUCUUCAAGCAGAUGAAGCUUCAAUUUAGUCCUGGAAUUGAAGAGAUCAAGACGCAAUACUACCGGACCCUUAGAAGGUUCAUGUCGUUGCCCAACCAGAUCAAAGCGAUGACGGCGGCUGAUCAAGCACCAGGAAGCGUGAAUAUUUUCCCGUUGAUGAUUGAAAGAAAUUCGAGCAGCUUCUCAAAUGUAUUCAAGAAAGCAGAGAAUUUAAUGCAAAAUUUGGCCAAAGCUCUUCAACAAUUUGAGCCCUGGGUUGUUCUUGGCAAGAUUAAUCUGGAAGAACUAGUGCAAAAGUCUUGUAACACUGUCGAAGAUUUCGAGCGAAACUUCAAACUAGUCAAAACGAAAGGCAAAGAGUUCGAGAAACUUCCUCUGCAAAUAAAACUGGACUGCUUUGUGAUUUCGUGUGUGCCUAUUCGCAACACUAUUGAAGAUCUACUUCAGCAGUUGUUCGAUGUCCUCGUUGAUUCUCUGAAGAUAUCAGCUCUUGAAGAUGUUCACAAGAUUGACAGUUUCCUGACUGAGGCGCUGGAUACUUUGGAGAAACGUCCUCAGAGUGUACAGGAGGUUACAGAAGCCAAUACGAAACACCACGAGUACACCAAACAGAAAACUGACCUGCAACCCGUGUUUGCUAAAAUUGUGGACAAAAACCGACUGCUUCGAAUGACUCAAGGACAAGGGGUAGAUGAAGUGAACAGUCUCCAUGCUCGAUGGGAUAAGUUUGAAAUCAUGAUGGAAAGCUUCCAGAUGAUGAUUGCUGACCAGGUUGAAAAACUGAAGGAAAAUACCGAGAAAGUGAUACUUGAUUUCAGGCAAGACAUCGAAAAGUUCCGAUCUCGUUGGACCCAGUUUAGACCAUCCGAUGACACCUUGGACUCGGGCGAUUCAAACAGUCUCAAGGCAGCUCUCAAAUCAGUCCAAGAAAAGCGACUUGAGUUUGACGAUUUGUUGCAAAACCGAGACAAGUUAGUCGAACAGUGCCAGCAAUUUGGAAUCGCGAUUCCAGAUUUCCCAGAAUUGGAUCAGCUAAGAGACGAAAUCGGAGAGUACCAAAAGAACUGGUCUCUAUUUGGAGAGUUCUUAGAAGGCAUGGAAAAAAUGACGUCUGAGGAUUGGAUUUCUUUCCGAGUGAAGACCAACUCGUUCCAGGAUUACGUCAAAGACUGGAAAGAUCGACUGAACCCGAGUACUCUCGCUGGUGAAGGUUACGACCCGAGAAGUGUUCUUGUAGUGAAACUCAAUAAUGAUGUUGCAAAGUAUAUCGUUACUGCAGGGUUGCUUAAGUACUUAAAAGGUGACUCAUUCUCGCCUGAUCAUUGGCUUGAUCUCUACCGACUUCUGGGAAUCUCACACAGCAUUGCUCUUGAGAAAUUGACUUUUGGUGAUAUUUUGGGUGCUUCGGAGAUAAUUAAUUGCAAUGUUGAGCCCCUGAAAGAGCUGAACUUGAGAGCUCAAGGUGAAAUCUCUAUCCGAGAUGCGCUUCGAGAGUUGGAUCUCUGGGGAGGUGGAACUAGUUUCAAUCUGCUAGAACAUUCCGACACGAAUAGAAAUAGACUUAUGUUGAUCAAGGAUUACAAAGACCUGGUGAAUCAAGUCGGAGACAAUCAAUGUCUCUUGCAGUCUCUCAAAGAUUCUCCUUACUACGCAGCGUUCGAGGACAAAGCGAAAGUUUGGGAAACACGUUUGGCCGAUAUUGACGAAUAUGUGUUGAAUCUCAACCAGAUACAAAGAAAGUGGCUUUACUUGGAGCCGAUCUUCGCCCGAGGAGCAUUGCCGAAAGAACAAGCGAGGUUCCGAAAAGUUAACGAUGAGUUUCGAGGAAUUAUGGGUGACAUUGAAAGAGACGCUAGAGUAAUUUCUAUGUGCAACCGAACCGGUCUUAGAAGUGUUCUGAACAAUCUUCUGGACCAGCUCCAAAGGUGCCAAAAGUCACUGGCUCAGUUUUUGGAGGAAAAGCGAGCUGCAUUUCCAAGGUUCUACUUCAUCGGUGACGACGAUCUGCUUGAAAUUUUGGGUCAGGCUACCAAUCCGGAGGUUAUCCAAAGCCACUUAAAGAAGUUGUUCCAAGGAAUCAAUACGGUAAAAUUCGACGAUUCCAAGAAAUCAAUCUUGGCAAUGUGCUCGCUUGUGGGUGAAGUUGUACCUCUGAACGAGCCUGUAAAAAUCAGCAACGAUGUUGAAAAGUGGUUAUCGGAAUUGGCGGGAGAAAUGAAACGAACAUUGGCGCUUCUGCUCGGUAAAUGUUUAUCUGAAUUCCCGAAUGAUCCGACGCGCGCUGUUUUCAAGUUUCCUUCGCAAAUCCUCUGCUUAACUGAGCAAAUAACGUUCACUGAAAGAGGAGAAAAAUCUUUGAAACGAAACGGCUUAGAUGCGUUGAUGCGGGAAAUGAACGAUAAGUUGUCGAGUUUCACAAACGUGGAUAUUUCUAGUGUCAACUCAAACCAAGAUGCUCAAGUUUUAGAAUCGAAGCUGAAAGCAUUGAUUUUGGACUGUGUUCACGAAAUCGACGUGAUCAAACAACUGAAUCAGUCGCGUAGCAAGGACGUCAUUGUGUGGGAUUGGCAGAAACAGUUGCGAUUCUACUGUAAAAGUUCAUCCCAAAGUGAGAUCGAAGCUUAUAUGAAAAUGGUUGAAGCUCAGUUCGACUACACUUACGAGUAUCAAGGCAACGCCCCCAAACUAGUCCACUCGCCUUUAACUGAUAAGUGUUACUUGACCCUGACACAGGCCAUGCACCUAGGGUUGGGUGGGAACCCCUACGGACCGGCGGGUACCGGCAAAACGGAGUCAGUGAAGGCGCUUGGAGGACUUUUCGGCCGGCAAGUUCUGGUGUUUAAUUGCGACGAGGGGAUUGAUCUGCAGUCAAUGGGCAGGAUAUUCAUUGGAAUCAUCAAAUGUGGCGCGUGGGGAUGUUUCGACGAGUUCAACAGGUUGGAAGAAGCAGUGUUGUCUGCUGUCUCCAUGCAAAUCCAAGUUAUCCAGGCCGCUCUCAAGCAGAAGCAAACAUCUCUUCAACUCAUGGAUAGAGACAUAGAUCUGGACCAUAACUCUGGCAUUUUCAUCACCCUCAAUCCCGCUGGAAAAGGAUACGGAGGCAGACAGAAACUGCCGGAUAAUUUGAAACAGCUGUUUCGACCAGUGGCGAUGUCGAAGCCGGAUAACGAGUUGAUUUCGGAGGUGUUGUUGUUUGCAGAAGGCUACAAGGAGGCUUCCAUGCUGGGAAGAAAACUGUUCGCUGUGUUCAAUCUGUCAAAGGGACUGUUGACCCCACAACAACAUUACGACUGGGGUCUGCGUGCACUCAAAACAGUCCUCAAAGGAUGUGGGGACCUACUCAAGAAAGCAAAGCGAGAAGCGACCGACCAAUCAGAUUCGACAAUUGACGAAACUGUAAUAUGUGUUCAAGCUUUGCGUCUGAACACUUUGUCAAAACUGACAUUUAUUGACAUGCAGAGAUUUGAAGGGAUUAUCAAGGACGUAUUUCCUGGAAUUGAGUCGAUUGAUGUCUCCUAUGAGGAAAUCGAAAAUGCAAUCAAAGAAGCGUGCAAUGAAAUGCACCUGCAGAUUAUGCCAAGACAGGUGAAGAAAUCGCUUGAGCUGUAUGAACAACUGAGACAGCGUACAGGAGUGGUGGUUGUUGGGCCAAGUGGGGCUGGAAAAUCCACCAUCUGGAAGAUACUCCAGCAGGCUCUGCUCAAGAUCAGCAACAAAGUGGUCCUCUACACUGUCAAUCCCAAAGCCAUGCCCAGACAACAGCUGCUGGGUUCAAUUGACCUGGACACUAGGGAGUGGACAGAUGGUGUGUUGACAUACAGUGCGAGACAGGUGGUGAAGGAGCCCCUGAGUGUGAACAGCUGGAUCAUAUGCGAUGGGGACAUUGACCCAGAGUGGAUUGAGUCACUCAACUCGGUUCUGGACGACAACCGAUUGCUGACUAUGCCCUCGGGAGAGAGAAUCCAGUUCGGACCCAAUGUGAACUUCCUGUUUGAGACGCAUGACCUUAGUUGCGCAUCCCCUGCUACCAUAUCUCGAAUGGGCAUGAUAUUCUUAAGCGAUGAAGACGUGAAUGAAAAAGCAGUGGUAGCAUCCUGGCUGUCUCGCCACUGCUCGUCUCCCUCUAGUCAGCAGACGAUGAGAGAUCUAGAAGCUCUGAUCGGAGACCACUUCUAUCCGGCCCUACAAGUGGCCAAGAAGUUCGACUCAAUCCUCGAGGUAUCUUUAACUGGGCUGAUCUUCAAUGGACUCUCCCAUCUGGUGCCUCUGACGUCACUAGAGGGAGGCAUGAUUUCCGAGGAGGAGUUCAAGACUGCACUACUCAAAGGUUUUCUCGGAAACGUCAAGGACAAAGAAGGGUUCAUGCGCGAGGUUUCGAACACGAUUGGGUUUCGUGUGCCCGGCUCUGACCCCACGAAUUUCUUCUUCGACAAAAUGCUCGCACGUGUCGAGUCUUACAGGGAUGACCAAAUAUCCGACGAGAUCUCAGACGACUACGAGGCCUCGGGCAAACUUCCCAUGGUCCUUACUCGUAACACGUUGGCGAACCUGGACAACUUCAACCUCUGGCUUCAAACUAACCAGAAACAGCCUUUCAUCCUCAUUGGCCCAGAAGGUUGCGGGAAAAGUGUUAUGCUAAAUCACUGCUUCGCCCAAUUGAGAUCAGUUCAAAUUGCAGCAGUUUACUGUUCUGCACAAACCAGUCCCGAGCACAUUUUGCAGAAAUUGAAUCAGAGCUGUUUGAUGAUAAGUACAAAUACUGGAAGAGUGUACAGACCAAAAGAAGCUGAAAGGAUGAUUUUGUACUUGAAGGACAUCAACUUACCCAAACCAGAUAAAUGGGCGACCAGUCAGCUCAUCGCUUUCUUGCAACAAGUGUUGACGUACAAAGGUUUCUACGAUUCCAACCUGGAGUGGGUGGGUCUCGAGGGCAUCCAAAUAGUGGCGACUAUGAUUGACAGCUCUUCCAUGGGCAGACACAAACUCACAUCCCGCUUUACCAGUAUAGUCCGGGUGGCGUCUAUGGGGUAUCCGAGCAACGAAGAGUUGGUGUCCAUUUUGGAGAUAUACUUCAAACAUAUCUUUCCUGGAAUGAUGUCUGGAUUCCACUCACAGAUGGCCAAGAGUACUGUGGAUCUGUACAAAAUGCUGAAGAACAAUUACAAAAGUGACGAACACAGCCAUUAUCAGUUCAACCCUCGUGACCUCACAAAGUGGGUUACCAGUCUGAAACGAUUCGCUUCCAGUCCCCAGCAGGCGGCCUCAAAUGACCCGGAUGAGCUAGUCAUAGCAUGGGCCUUCAUGGGAUGUCGUCUCUUCAUGGACAAACUUGUAGGAGAGGAAAGUCGCACUCAGUUCCUGAGAGCGCUGGACCAAUGUGCAAGACUAAACUCAGUUGAUAGAAUAUCGCAUAAGCUCCAAGAAAGGUUCUACUCCACGUUUACAUCUAAAGCGGGAGUCGGAUUGGCGAGCGAUAUGCCUAAUUAUGGCAAAAGUGUGGGAUACUUGCCUGAAGACAGUUACAUGCAGAUUGUGCAGAGGGGAAUCGAAAUGUACGAGCGAGAUAACAAGGAGUUGAACUUGAGCAUAUUUUCUGAGGUGCUGGAGACGAUGAGCAAAGUGGAUGUCGCCCUGAGCAUGCCAGGAGGGGCUCUUCUGAUGGCAGGCAGGAGUGGGGUAGGCAGGAGGUCAACAGUACACGUAGUGGCCAACAUGCACGCCAUGCAGAUAUUCUCGCCCAAGAUAUCCAGGAACUAUGGACUCAAACAGUUCAAGAAUGACCUCAAAGCCUGUAUGCAAAAAGCAGCGAUAGAAGGCGAACAUCUUGUGUUUAUCCUGGAGGACUGGCAGUUGAUUGACAGCCAUUUCUUGGAAUACAUCAAUAGCAUUCUUGCAUCAGGGGAGGUGGCAGGACUGUACACCCCUGAGGAACUGGAACCACUCCUCACACCUCUCAGAGAGCGUGCUUCGGAGGAAGGAUACCAAGGAACUAUCCACUCCUUCUUCGCCCUGAGAGUCCAGUCCAAUCUACACGUGGUGCUCUUGUUAGACUGCAGUGGAAGCGAGUUUGUGGGCAUGUGUGAGAGCAACCCUUCCCUCUACAAGUGCUGCACUGUGCUGUGGAUGAACGAAUGGAGACAGCAGUCCAUGCGAAGUUUGACGCGCAUGUUGAUUGAGAAGCACGAGAUCAAGGAGCAGUCAGCCACUAGUGAAAGUGUAGUUGAUGCCCUCGUGCAGAUCCACAAGAGUGUCGACGAACUGGGUAGACACAGUGGGGGCGGCAAGGCAUCAGCAGGAACAGAUGGGGAGGAUGGAGGGCAGAAUCAGGACUCACUCUUCAAAUUACCUCCCGGAUGCGAGAUGAUUCAUAACCUGAUAGCCACUCCCAGACGCUACUGCACUCUGAUUGAGAACUACGCGAGAGUUUACGAGAACAAACGGGCCAGCAUAUCCCACAGGGUCCAGUACCUAGGGCAAGGCCUGGGUAAGCUGAAAGGGGCAAAGGAGCACGUGGAUACUCUGAAGGUUGAGGCAGCUGAGAAGAAAAAACAGCUGUCAAUCAAGCAGACAGAGACCAAUGCCGCGCUAGAACAGAUCACACUAUCCAUGCAGAGUGCCUCUGAAAAGAAGUCUAAAGUCGAAGAGUUCACAUCUCAACUGGCGUCCAAAGAGUCUAUUGCCGUUGACCGCAAAGCAGCAGUGGAUCGCAAACUAGACAGGGUCAAACCUGCCCUGGAAGAAGCCAAAAGGGCAGUGAGUAACAUUUCGUCCUCUGCCAUAGCGGAGAUUAAGUCGAUGAAGGCUCCUCCGGAGGUGCUCACUCGGGUGAUGACUGGAGUGCUGAUGGUCCUCGGAAGACAUGACACAUCCUGGGAUGCCAUCAAAAGUUUCCUGAUGAGUAAGACGUUCAAGGAAGACGUGAACAGUUUCGAGAGCAGCAUGUUCUCCAAGGAGAGGAAGGACAAGGUGCGCAACUUCAUGUCCCAGCACUCGGCUUCCUUCGAGGAGGAAAAGGUCAAGAGGAGCUCCUCUGCCAUCGUGCCUCUGUGGAAGUGGAUGAAUGCUCAGCUCAGAUUCUCAGACGUGUACAUCGAGGUGCAACCACUUGAAAAAGAAGCGCGUCAACUAGAAGACGAACUGUCCCAAUACAAACGCCAGCUGAUCAAACUGGAAUCCGAUCUGGGAGAACUGACUUCAGUGAUAAGUGAGAAGAAGGCGGGACUGAACAAGGGACUUGCGGAGGCUGCGCAGCUGGAGAUGGAUGUGAAGAGGGCCGAGGAGACUAUAGAGUCGGCACAGUUGCUGGUGGGCAAGUUGGAGGACGAAUUUGUCAGGUGGAACGAACAGAUGAAAGAAUUGGAGAGUGACCUGGGUCUCCUUCCUCAGAAAGCACUCUUAGCAGCUGCUUUCAUAACCUACCUCUCAGGAGAACCAGAAGACGUCAGGUCAGCUGUCACUUCGAUCUGGACCCACAUAGUCUACGGGGGAGAUAGUAGUCAGGGGUCAAGUGAGUUCAACCUGAAGAGGUUCCUGAGUUCGGAGAGUGAGCAGCUGGUGUGGAAAUCGAAAGGGUUGCCCUCCGAUAAUUUGUCGCUGGAGAAUGCCAUUGUCAUUCUUCAGCUAGCAGUAGUUGAACUUGGCGCCUCCCUGAGACCCUUCCUAGUGGACCCCUCCAAACGUGCCUCUGAAUUCCUCAAGGCACAGUUGAAGGACCAGAGACUGGAAGUAGUCAGCCAGCAGGACCCCUCCCUGGCCAACAGUGUGGAAUUGGCUGUGCGGUUUGGCAAGACUCUGCUGAUUCAGGAGGUGGACAGUGUGGAGCCAUUGCUCAUUCCGAUCCUCAGAGGAGACCUCAUUGCUCAAGGAGCGCGGAAGAUGGUUCUGGUCGGCGAUAAACUAGUAGACUACAACCCUGAGUUUCGUCUUUUCCUCGCCACCCGCAACCCAUCCCCUCAACUGCCCCCUGAUGUCGCCUCAGUCAUUACUGAGGUCAACUUCACCACCACCAGAGCCGGGCUGGAGGGACAGUUAUUGGGAGUGGCAAUCAAACAUGAGAAACCUGAGCUGGAGGAGCGACAGUCACAGCUGCUUGAGCAGGAAGAGAAUUUGAAGCUGCAGCUAGUCAAACUAGAAGAUGAACUGCUCGAGAGUCUCGCUACAGCUGAGGGGAACCUCCUUGAGAAUAAGCAACUCAUCGAUUCCCUUGCGAGGACCAAAGAGAGCAGCACUACUAUCUCAAACUCGCUUCAGGAAUCGCAAAGACUCCAGCAGAACUUAACUGAAGAGAGGAAUGCGUUUCUGCCUCUGGCCAAGAGAGCCAGCAGGAUUUAUUUCAUAAUCACAGACCUGCACCGGAUCAGCAACAUGUACAAAUUCUCACUGGCGUCUUUUAUAAGACUGUUCCAACGUUCGCUUGAAUACGAAACAGGAAGUGAGGCUGGAAGUGAGAGUAGGAUCGUGAGUCUGGAGAAGGUGUUCGUGCAGAUGGUGUUCGAACAAGUCAGUCGCUCCCUCCUCAAGGCAGACACACUCACUUUCGCCACUCACCUCGCACACAUGCUUAACCACGACAAGUUCCAGCACAAUGAGUGGGAGUUGUUCACGCGUACAGCUUCCUUGAGUGGAAAAGUGAACGUAGAUGAGAUGAAGUGGAUCUUCAAGCAGUCAGGUGGCAAGGAGUGUGAACAGUCUCUGGUGCUUCUCAAGAGUGUGCUGCCUAGUCUGUACAGUAGACUCAAUUUGCACGACGAGAGUGCCUGGAGUGACUUCUGGCAGAGUGACGAGUGUGAGAAGCCAACCCACUUCCCCCACCACAUUCAGAAGUCCAUCACACCAUUCCAGAAACUGCUUGUGGUACAAGCCCUCCGACCGGACCGACUAGAGAGUGCCAUGAAAGUGUUCGCAGCCCAAUCUCUCUCCCUUGCCUCCCUUCAAACAUCGGCCACCAACAUCGAGAAAAUCUACAAAGAGACACUCCCCUCUGAGCCUGUUUUGUUCAUAGUCUCCCCUGGGGCGGAUCCCAGCAGAGAGUUGCAGGAAUUGGUGGAGAAAGUGGGAGUGGUGGAUAAGAAUCAGUUUUACGAAAUUGCAAUGGGGCAAGGUCAGUCCGAAAUUGCCAUUAACAAACUGCGUCAUUGUGCCUCCUCGGGUGAAUGGCUGUGCCUCAAGAACGUCCAUCUGGUCACAGCCUGGCUGCCCACUCUGGAAAAGGAACUGAACUCCCUCUCUCCGCACAAUAACUUCAGAUUGUUCCUUACAGCUGAGCCACAUCCUAAUUUCCCCACAGUCCUUCUGCAGAGCUGUCUGAAGGUAACCUAUGAGUCGCCACCUGGUGUGCGAAGUAAUAUCGAGAGGACAUUCCAGAACUGGACUCCUCAGUUCUUUGCCAAAGGAGACAACCCCCAAAGAAGCAAAGCACUGUUUGCAUUGGCUUGGUUUCAUGCUGUGGUAGAGGAGAGGAGGACUUAUAUUCCGCAGGGGUGGACUAAAUUCUAUGAGUUUAGCCUGGCAGAUUUGAGGUCCGGAGCGGAUAUCAUUACAAACUUGGCGGAACAAGGAGGACGAGGAGGUGGUGGGGACCUGCAGUGGGAUUUUGUUCAUGGUCUGUUCAAGAAUGCGAUCUACGGUGGCAGAGUGGACAACUCGUUCGACAUGAAGGUGCUCGAAUCAUAUCUGAGGAGGUACUUCAACUCCAAUAUGGCCUCAUCUGGACAACUCUCCGACGCCAUACCCCCUUUGCCCAACUCAACUAACAUCAAGGCGUUCCAGACUCUCAUUGGCCAGAUAGGCGAGGACCGUCCGAUGUUGUUCGGCCUCCCUCCUAACAUAGAGAGAUCCGCCCAGGUGAUCAAGAGUGGCCAAGUGAUUAACCAGCUGAAACUGUUGGUUUCUGUGACUAGCACCGAGACAUUCCAGCGGGAGAAGUGGAAUGUUGAGAUAUCCCCGUUCCUGAACCACUGGAAAAACGUGCUCCAGCGCGAGGAGAACGUGACGGACAGUGGGAUGCUGCACCAAAUCGGUAACUACGCCAUGGGGUCCGAUGCCUCCUCCUCCAAGGGAAGCAAGAAGGAGAGUCCGGUUUCGUCCUUCGUGAAACUGGAGAGAUUCAAUGCUCUCAAACUGAUCAACACUAUACACCAGUCUCUAACUGCACUGGCCAAAGUGCUCAAGGGCAAGGCCAUGAUCACGACUGAUAUCAGACAACUGGCGUCUGCUCUGCUAAAGAGAGAGACGCCGACCAGUUGGCUGUCUCUGAGUGAAGGACCUCUGGAUCCACUGGACUAUCUGUCUAGUGUUGUCAGCAAGGCAGCCAGUGUGGAGCGAUGGUAUCUCAAGGUGAAGAGCAAUCCUCAAGACAGUAGCAGUCUGUUCAGAGAACCAGUGGACUUGUCUGACCUGUUCACGCCGAAUAUAUUCCUCAAUGCCUUCAGACAGCAGGCAGCUAGGGACCUGGGAGUAUCAAUGGACAGUCUGGAGCUGUUCUGUGAUUGGUCAGAUAGAGGCCAAUCAUCGCAAUCCGGUUUGACUCUCAAGGUGAAGAAUCUGUUCAUCGAGGGUGCUAAUUUGAUGGGGUUCCUGAGAGAGAAUCAGCAGAACUCGCCCACGAUGCAGUUGGUUAAACAGACAUGCGUGCUCUCUUGGGUACAAAAGGGCAGUGGUGGCAGUUCCGAUGGAAUCCCUAAGUCUCAGUCGCUCCUCUCUCUUCCCCUCUACUCUUCCCUUGAAAGAGACAGUCUGGUCACGUGUGUGGAUGUACCCUGUGAGUCAGGCAGUUCUGGCCACUGGGUUGAGGCAGGAGUCGCCCUCUUCCUCCGAUCCAGGGUCCUAUGAAGAAAUAAUCCAGCUGAUGUUUUGGUGUCUUUCCUAACUUCAUUCUAAAUGAGUUGCCUGGAACUCUUCACCUCUUGAAUUGCCACAAUAAACAUCCGAUUCAACUUUAUUAUUCAACUUCGCACUACGGCUGCUGCGUCAAUUCAUCUCAUGAUUCAUAACUUAAUAGAAGGUGUAAAAGUACAAAAUUAGAUUCUUUGACUCUGCUGAUGACUGCAAAGCAUGAGUUUACACCAUAAAAAGCCCAAAAUUGAAAGUUCCAACUGAAUAAUAAACAUUAUAUUUUGAAUCAUUGUGUGUAGUUAAAAUAUAAAUGGUUGUAAAUAAAUGCCUGACCUAUGUUACUUCGUGCAAAUAUCGCUCAUGUAAAAAUGUAUUGUAAAAAAUAAAUAUUUUAAUUUAAAUAUUAGAAAAA